UCUCGUCUACGUUUGUGAUGAUGAUUUAUUGAUAAGCGCGGUCAACAAGGUGGAGCAACUAAGCCUCAAAUUAGAAAAUUCUAAUCGACGCAUGCAUUAAUGGCAAUGAAGGAGCAACUUCUAAGUGAUUUCAAAACGAAUCUGGAAUUAUUUUAUUCUAAAAUUACAGCUAAGUGUAAUGAAGAAGCAGCCUCUUCUGUAACCGAAAAGCCCUCGUCCUGUACUGAAGCUAUGCGUCUGGAAAACGGCGAAUAUGCUGAGAGUGGCGUUUAUGAAAUUCACUUGCCACAGUUCCUCCACCACGCUUUCAAUGUGUAUUGCCUUCGUGACCCCGAGGGCGGUCAGCCAUGGACUAUAAUUCAACGUCGCCAAAGUAACGACACCGAUUUCUAUCGUGGAUGGAUUGAGUAUGAACACGGUUUCGGCGAUUUGAAUGCGAAUUUCUUCCUCGGCUUGGAUAAAAUACAUGCGCUGACACAUUCGCAAACACAUGAGCUUUGGUUUCAAUUAGAGGAUUUUCAAAACGAAACGCGAUUUGCGAAGUAUGAUAGUUUCGCCAUUGGCAAUGCUGAGGAAAAAUAUGUAUUGAAUGUUCUGGGGCAAUAUUCGGGCACGGCAGGCGCUUCUUUCUCAGAACAGCAGGGUGCAAAAUUCACCACAAAGGAUAAUGAUAAUGACAGCAAACCCGAUAAAAAUUGUGCGGUGCAAUACGCGGGAGCUUGGUGGUAUCGGAAAUGCCAUCACUGCAAUCUAAACGGUCUUUAUUUAGUUGGAGAAUUUCCACAGCAUCAGCACGGUAAAGGUAUGGUCUGGGAGUACUGGAGGGGUUAUCGUUAUUCAUUAAAAUAUGUACACAUGGCAAUUAGACCAAAAUAUUAAUGCUGAAAUAUUUUGCCUGAUAAAAGGAGCAUACACGAAACGUAACAUAAUAAUUAAAUUAAAUAUCACCGAAGUUCUUUAUUUACGUAUUUCUUGGCUAUUAAUAUGAAUUGCAUUUGGCAAUCGAUUGCAGCGAACGAAAUUUUA